ACAACUAGACAAGCAGCAUUCAGAGCCAUCAUGACAGGGGCGAUCGCGGCGGCGCUACUGGCCGUGGUGUGGCUGAUGAUGGUGGAAUCAGUGCAUGCGGUGGCGGCUGGCACAAAGCCCCAUGUAUUGUUCAUUGUGAUUGAUGACCUGGGCUAUGAUGACCUCUACUUUCGUGGACAUCAGAUUCGCACGCCGAACAUUGACGCAUUGCAAGAAGAGGGCUUGCUGUUUACGCAAAUGUACAUGCAAGACGUGUGCUCCCCUUCUCGCGCAUCGAUCCUCUCGGGGCGCUACGCCAUGCAUCACGGCGUUACCGACUGGAUCCCCCCCCGCGAUUCUUAUGGGCUCAUGCUGAAUGAUACCACACUUGCCGACAAGAUGCGAGAGGCCGGGUACGACACGCGUGCCGUGGGCAAGUGGCACAUGGGCUUUUACAAAUGGGCCUACACCCCCACCUUUCGAGGAUUCAACUCUUUCCUGGGUUAUUAUAGUGGGGGCGAGGACUAUUUCACCCAUGAGACGGACAACGCAUACGAUAUGCACCGUGAUGAAGGACGUCACUGCGGGCCCAACUGUUCCAUCCCUGCUUGGGACCUGAAGGGACAAUAUAGCACCACCAUCUUUUCUGAAGAAGCCAUUCGCAUCAUCAACCAGCGACAAGCGGCUGAUCCGCCGCUAUUCCUCUACCUGGCAU